UAGUUUAGUGGUUUAUUUGGUUGAGUGCAUACAUUACAACAGUAAAUAUAGCUGUCAGAUAAAUCUGAAGUUUUAGAGGCAAAAUAAAAUCUGUGGUUCACCCUGAAGUCACUCAAUAUUUAUUUACACAUUUCUUAAUGCAGAGUUUAUGUGAUUAUCACGUCAACAUCAGCACACUUUAUAUUAAUCUUUUCAAAGUAUUGUUGGCCAAUGGAGUCUUCUUUAAACUGGAGAGGCUCAGUCUGUAACCCAUUGUGUAAAGACAAAUUGCUGCAGAUCUCCUGGCCCUGAGCAGUAAGAACAGUCUGUGUAGCAAGCACGCCUCAACCUGCCUCCUCAACACCUUUCAGCAGUUUCCACAUAUUAUUCUUCACAUGUGAAUAGCUGCUCAGAAAUGCUUAUUUACAUUUUAUGCAAACCAGUGUUGACAGGCAGAUAGACCUGCUGCCUGCAUACAUGAAAUAUUAACAUGAUCAUCCUUGUGUUUCUGACCUGUGUGGUUUCAUACAAUUGUUGCAUUGUGAGGGACAGACGUGAUGCGUGUGUUUGCUGAAAAUGAAACUAGAGGUUUGAUACACAGCUCCAACAAAUUUUCUAUAGUCCGGAUCAGAGGAAUGUUCACAGAGAGGUUCAGAGGCAGUACAAAGAUGGAGAGCACACCCACGAACCCUAUCAUUACAUUCAACCCCAGGCAGGGAAAACCCCACUGUCGCCACCCACACCGGCUCCUGCAUUUUGAGUUCAUGUGUUCCUCCAUGAUAAAUGUCAGAGGUAUACCUCUCUUUGUCCUUUCGUGCUCCUGUCCUCUCCUCUCUGCAGACAAACACUCAGGGGAGAGGAGGACAAAGUCUCCAUGGUGACGCGCCGACAUCUGCAUGCUGUUCCAGGAAUAGGCUUUGUGAACAGUGCAGCUGCUCUCUGUUUUCUCUGGGUCAACAGACUGCAUUGGCUCUGACAUCAAUAUCCCAGGGUGCACAGGUUUGGAGGGUUCAGACAGAACUAGAACGAGGUUGCCAUUAUUGUUAACUCCAUUUUUCUGUGUGUGUGUCCUCUCUGUCUGUGCUGGGGCCUGGGUCUGCCUGUGCAGGCCUGCGCAUGUGAUCAGGAAGAACAGGAGGAGGGAGAGGUAGGCCAUGCCCCAGUAGGGGUUCAUGGCAGUGUGCAUGGGGCUGAAUAGGUUGGGCAAACAUCUCAUCAGGGAGUUGGUUGUAUGCAAACAGGUAGCAGUCCAUACUUCCUCCUGCUUCCAUCGCCACCUGACAUUGAGGGCAAUGACAACCCACACUGUCAGGCAGCAGAGGAUGGCUGAACCUCGCUUUAACAAUCCCUAUUUUUGGCCUCCACCUCCUGCGAUGCCGGGCCAGCUGGAUAACCUAGUCUUGAUCAAUAAAAUCAAGGAGCAGCUGAUGGCGGAGAAGAUCAGAACGCCUCAUCUGCCUCCCACCACAGUCCCUUCCCAACAGCCCUUACUGGCUCCCCAAAGCCAGGCAGAGGGUGGACAGCAUGUGAUGUCCAAAGCCCAUCAGAUGCAAGUUCUCCACAGCCACAACCCGUCUCAGCCAGACAUCGCUCUGCACGCCCGCCCCGCCUCCAGCUCAGUCACAGGUCGUAUUCUGGGGGAUGUAAACUUGAAUCUGGACGAUAAGGCAGCUAUAAAAGCCAGAGGAUUAUGGGAAGACUGGCAUCUGCGUCAACUCAUAGACCAUCCUUCUAGAACAAACCACGUCUCAGGUGUGGCGCUGGCAUCCAGAACAGGCAACCUCAACACCUCAGAGAUCAUCACCCCCACCACGCCCACCUCCAGUAGCCACAGUCGGCUGGGUGGAGCCCCCACACCUCACCUCAUCUCAGGGUUAGCCAGCAGCCACGGGAUGGAGCCUGGGAAAAACAACGGGGGCCUUGUGGGACUCCUCGGGCCGCCUCCAAAGGAGGAACGAGGGCGUAAGAAGAUCAAAGCAGAGAAUGGGUCUUCACUGUUGGUGGUGCCCUACCCCAUCUUAGCCUCAGGCAAUGACCAGUCCUGUGUCACCAUCACUGCCAAACCAGGAAAAACCUACAGGUGUAAAGUUUGUCCGCUGACCUUCUUCUCCAAGUCAGACAUGCAGAUCCACUCUAAAACGCACACAGAGGCCAAGGCUCACAAGUGUCCUCACUGCACCAAAUCCUUUGCGAACGCGUCUUACCUGGCCCAGCACCUCCGCAUACACCUUGGCGUCAAACCAUACCGCUGUUCAUACUGUGAGAAAUCUUUUCGACAGCUCUCACAUCUGCAGCAGCAUACCAGAAUCCACACCGGCGAUCGGCCGUAUAAAUGUGCCCAUCCAGGAUGUGAAAAAGCUUUUACUCAGCUAUCCAAUCUGCAGUCUCACCAGAGGCAGCACAACAAAGACAAGCCCUUCAAAUGUUCCAACUGUUACCGUGCCUAUUCAGACUCUGCGUCGCUGCAGAUCCACCUGUCCGCACACGCCAUCAAAAACGCCAAAGCCUACUGCUGCAGCAUGUGCGGCAGGGCGUACACCUCAGAGACUUACCUUAUGAAGCACAUGUCUAAACACACACUGGUGGAACACAUGGUGUCCCAUCACUCCCCUCAACACAGGACAGAGUCCCCCAGCAUCCCUAUACGGAUCUCCCUCAUCUGAACUCCACCACGUGGUUUAAUCCUCACCCGUCUCCUGCCCUUCCUUUUUUUCUGAUUCCUGUGAUAUCAACGUUCCCCUGAUGGACUUUGAACCCAUGAAUGGGUUCUAAAAAAUGUGCCAGAUUGUACUCGUAUCUUGUGAAGAGGUGCUCUUUUAAUGAGUAUAUCCUCCCUUUCUUUCAUGCUGACCAGAUAGUAUUAUCUGGAACAUCCAAAGAUGAUUUCUCAGCACUUUCAGGCCUGGAAAUGACAGGCCUAAAAAAUGUUUUUUUGUGUGUGACUUCACAGAAAAAAAAGGUAUCGCUCCAGGCAGCUACAUGGAAAAUCUUUUUAAACUUUUUUGUGUUGUAACAGAUUACUUUGUCUUUUAUAUGGUCCUUUGCUUUCUUAAGUCUUUGCAAAAAAAUAUAUUUGCAUCAGAAAUAGUCUUCCAUUAGCUCGGUGGCCAAUUGAACAUAAAGCUGAAUGCUUAUAUAAAUGUGUAUUCAUGUAUAUUGUGCCACUUUUUAUGUCCGUGUUUGCAGUGUUUUACCAUUACAGUACAUGUCACCAUAAUGCACACACAAAUAAUCAGUUCAUUUUUCUCUUCAGCAGUUUUUAUUUUCAACCAUUUUGCCACGUUCACUCCUACCAGGAUGAAUCAUAACUGAAAGGAUGGAUGUUUUUUUUGUUUUUUUUUACAUAUUUAUGUUACAAAACAAAAAUGAUGCUCAAUUCUCGAGUACACAGUUUAAUCUGAUCACAUUUAAAAAGGUGUUUCAGUCUCUUAAACUAUAAGCACUGUUAUAGAGAUGGUGAUUAAAUAAGUUAUUUUUAAAAAAACAACAACACUAAAAACCAAUUCAGAUACGGAACUGAAACUUUAAUUGAUGCAAUGUAUGAACUUCUGCUACCAUAGCACAGAAAGUGUAUCAAAAUGUGUUUUUAUGAGCAGGUCAAGUCCCUAAAUAUAGUUUAAGUAUUCUUAUGCCUUUAUUUCUCUGAAUAUUCAUCAUAAUAUUUAGGAUUACUAUGUUAGAAUGAUGCACUUAAAGUGCUUUAAUCCACUUCAUAUUUAAUUGGGUGUGCAAAAAAAAAGAAAAGAAAAGGCAAGACUGAUAUUCUAAUCCACCGCUCUGCUGCUGCCAAACAGACGGAUAUGUUAUAGUCCUGGAAACAUGAACAAUAUUUUGGGUUUUCAGUUUUAAUGUGUAGAUGAAGCAUCAAUCUUCUUUAAAUAUUCAUUGUUUUAUUAAUGAACACUUUGCCAUUUUGUAAGCAUUUAAGCCUUAACUUUGUUACAACUCCACUCUGUUGUUUUAUCACUUAACAUUUGCUUUUUAUGUCAUAGCAUGAUAUAUACUGUAAAUAAACUAUAUUAACUGUCAACAUGUUUUAUAAUAAAUAAUUCUACA